AUGAGCAAAUCUUUGGCAUCGUUCCUCGAUCGCCGCAAAAAGAGCACGGUCAAGGCAGCUACGCUGCUGCUGCAGACCGAGGAGGCGGCCAAGCAGAAGCAGAAGGCCAAGGCCGGAAAGGAGGAGCCGCUGCCCGAGCAGCAGUCCGAUCAUGACGACGAAUGGAAGGUGUCGGAUGAUGAGGAAACCAAGGCGAUCCAGAAGCAGGCUACCUUCUCGGGGAGCCUCCUGAUGUCGGUGCGCACGGUCACCGGCGACGGGGCUGAGGAGCGGGGACCAAGAGCCGACGCUAAGCCCACGCAACACGUCUGGCAACCAAUAACUGAGCCGCCGGUCAAGGAGGAGCCGCAACCGGAAAAGGGCGCCAAGGUGUGGAUUCCCAAGUACAAGUCGGUGUCCUUCGUAGGCAAGGACGACAUUGACCUCGCCGAGGCCGCGCGCCUCGCAGCUGCGAAAUCGGAGCACCCGGCCGCCAGCAAGGUGAAGAAGGUCAAGCAGAAGCCGGCCCCCUUGCAGCCACAGGAUGACGACGAACCGGCACGCUACGUAAAGGUGAAGUUCAACGUCUUCUCUGUCGUCGACGAGGAGUACCACACCUUCAAAGCGCCGCACCCAACCUCGUCUGUGGACAGCGAAAAGGUCAAGGCCAAGUACAUCGCACGAGCGCCAUUUGCGCAGGCGGCCUGA